ACUGUAUGUAUAGUAUUGCAUGAAUAUUUGUUGUAACUGCACAUCUACUUUUUGUAGAAUUGCGAGGCUGCCACAUGCAGGUGGAAGGACGGCUUUAUUCACUCAAGAGCAAGAGGCCAUUAUAGUGGGCAUGGUCCUUCAAGAUAAUGUAAUACGACUCAGAGAAAUCCAGGAACGAGUGAUACAAGACAACACACACCUCCAGGGAAUCAACAGUGUGAGCAUUUCCACAAUUGACCAUGUCCUCCAUCGUAACAGGAUGCGAAUGAAACAAGUAUACAAAGUACCCUUUGAGCGCAACUCACCAAGGGUGAAAGAACUGCGAGCUCAGUAUGUGCAAACAAUAUUUGACUUGGAGUCCUUGGACAGACCCCAUGACUUCAUCUUUGUCGAUGAAGCAGGCUUCAAUCUAACAAAGAGGAGACGGACAGGCCGAAACAUCAUUGGACAGCGGGCCAUUGUUGAAGUCCCUGGUCAACGAGGUGGCAAUGUCACCAUUUGUGCUGCUAUUAGCAACCAUGGUGUUCUACAUCACCAUGUUACACUCGGGCCAUAUAACACCCAGCACCUUCUAAGAUUUAUUGCCAAUCUAAGAGAUAUUUUAUUUGAGCUGCAGGUUCAAGACCAUCAGGGUCAAGAGCUAAAUGAGAAUCCCAUUCCCACCUAUGUGAUAGUGUGGGACAAUGUCAGUUUCCACCGAGCUGCUCCGGUAAGGGAAUGGUUUAACAUCAGUGAGCAGUUUAUGAACUUGUACCUCCCUCCAUACUCGCCUUUCCUGAAUCCGAUUGAGGAGUUUUUCCUCCUCUUGGAGAUGGAAAGUGUAUGAUAGACAACCCUACACCAGAGUAAAUCUUCUGCAAGCCAUGGAUUUAGCUUGUGGUGAUAUAGGUGAGGAAUCAUGUCAGGACUGGAUACGGCACACAAGAGGCUUCUUCCCCCGUUGCCUCAGGAGGGACAAUAUUGCUUGUGAUGUUGACGAAGUGCUCUUGGCUGACCCAGCCCAAAGACGAGAAGAAGCAAAUUGAUCACGUUUACUCCUUCGAUUUUUGUCCCUUUUAGUAUUGUAUACUGUAGUACAGUGCAUUGUAUGCUGUUUACUGUACAAUGAACAAAUUGUAUGGCCCAAAACAUUGAGAUUAAAAAUUUGCUUCUCCCUGAGAACUAUAUGUUUUGAACAAAGUGUUUUCUGUUUUUU